UGUUGGGUUCACCUGGUCCUUAUCAUCUCUUUCUGCUAUUACUCUCCCCAUCCAUUCAAUCAUUUUGGUUUCCUUGCUCCCACUUUGUCUGCUUCACCUAGUACAUCGUAGCUAGGAGCAGCUCAUAGAAAUAGUUCUCCAUUAAAUUCUCUGAAGAUUUGGUCAACAGAAGAAGGAAGUUGCAGUUGUUCACCAUCUCCGUUUUGCUUCCUUUUCCCUUCCCUUUUUCUGCACCAUGAAAUCAUAGCUUCUGCCAUUAUGCUGUAUCGCCAUCAUCAUCUCAAGGAAUCAUGAACUCCAACUCCAGGAACCCUCAUUUUGGGUGUAAAGUUUUAUUCUUUCAUUUUCUUCUUCUUCUUCUUCGAUCAUUUGCUCUGAACCCUGAUGGGGUUCUCUUGCUAUCCUUCAAGUAUUCGAUCCUCAGCGACCCACUUUCAGUCCUAGAAAAUUGGAGCUACAGCGAUGAGUCAUCAUGCUCGUGGAAUGGAGUCAAGUGUACAAAAAUUGGAGGGAAGUUUAGAGUGACCAGUUUGGCUCUUCCCAGUAGCAAGCUUCUGGGUUCGAUUUCUGAAGACCUUGGGAUGAUCGAACACCUCCGGGAGCUUGAUCUUUCCAACAAUUUCCUUAAUGGGUCUGUACCCAAUUCCAUAUUCAACGCUUCUGAGCUUCGAGUUCUUUCUCUCGCCAGCAAUGUCAUCGCCGGUGAGCUAUCAGAGUCGAUUGGUCAGUUGAAAACUCUUCAACUUUUAAACCUAUCUGACAAUGCCUUUGCUGGGUCAGUCCCAGCAAGUCUCAUUACUUUGAAAAAUCUUACCUUUGUUUCUUUGAGGAGUAAUUACUUUUCUGGUAAAGUUCCAAGUGGGCUUCACUCUGUUCAGAAUUUAGAUCUGUCUUCGAAUUUGCUUAAUGGGUCUUUACCAGAUGACUUUGGCGGGGAUAGCUUGAAAUACUUGAACCUCUCCUACAACAAAAUUUCAGGAACAAUCCCACCACAAUUUGCCAAAAAGAUACCUGGAAACUCCACAGUAGAUCUCUCCUUCAACAAUCUAACGGGUCCAAUACCCCAGUCUCUGGCUUUGCUUAACCAGAAACCUGAGUCACUUUCUGGGAAUUCUGAUCUUUGUGGAAAGCCCCUGAAAGUCAUUUGUUCUAUUACUUCGACUGGUUCAAACCCACCCAACUCCACCACCUCAUCAACACCAGCAAUUGCAGUCAUGCCCAAAGCAAUUGACGCCAACCCCAAAACAAACAGUUCAGGAACCCCCAAUGGGUCUCAGAAUAGGCCAACAAAUAGCCUCAAACCAUCCAGCAUAGCCGGAAUCGUCGUGGGCGACAUUGCCGGAAUAGGUCUUUUAGUCGCAAUUGUUCUCUUGGUCUACCAACAACGGAAGAAAAAAGAUGCUAAAUCCACCGAAAAUGUUAUCGAGACUGCAUCGAAACAAGACCCGGAAGUCAAAAAAUCCACAAUCCCCUGCUUCUGGUUAGCUGUUGACGACAAGGAGACGUCCGAAGCAACGAGCUCCGACAGCGACCUAGAGAAUAAUAAUAAGAAGACUGAAAUGACGACCCAAAACGAGAAUCUCCGGAAAGAAGGGAGGUUUGUGACAGUGGAUGGAGAGACGAGGCUGGAGCUAGAGACAUUACUGACGUCGUCGGCGUAUAUUCUGGGAACAAGCCGAGGGAGCAUAGUGUACAGAGCAGUGCUGGAGGAUGGAAGAGCGUAUGCUGUGAGGAGGAUAGGGAUUGGAGAAUGUGCAGUAGAGGGGAUGAAGGAUUUCGAGAAUCAUGUAAAAACAAUCGCCAAGAUUCGUCAUCCCAAUUUGGUCAGAGUUCGUGGAUUCUGCUGGGGAAUGGAUGAGAAGCUCCUUAUCUGUGAUUACGUCCCCAAUGGAAGCCUCGCCAACCUUUGUCACAGAAGAACAGGGUCAUCGGCAUCGAGCUUGGCGUUGGAGGCUCGGCUGAAGAUAGCAAGAGGAAUAGCACGAGGCAUAGCUUUCGUCCACGACAAGAAACAUGUGCACGGCAACAUCAAACCCUCCAACAUACUCUUCAAUUCCGACAUGGAACCCGUCAUCACCGACCUCGGCCUCGACCGCAUCCUCUGCAACCCCAACAACUUCAACCUCAGAGCCAACGGUUCAUCUCGCCAAAUAGCAUACCAGACACCGGAGUGGUUCCAAAGCUUCAAACCCAACCCAAAGUGCGAUGUGUAUUCCUUUGGCAUUGUCUUGCUCGAGCUUCUCAGUGGGAGAUCUGUCUCAGACUUGGACAUAGGGCAGUGGCCGCAGUGUGAUGACGUGGAGGAGGAGAGGAUUAGGGUGUUGAGGGUGGCUGAUGUGGCCAUAAGGUCUGAGAUCGAAAAUAAGGAACAUGUUAUAUUAGGGUGCUUCAAGCUGGGGCUUACUUGUGCUUCUUCUCUCCCACAGAAGAGACCCUCCAUGAAAGAAGCUCUACACAUGUUAGAAAAGAUGAUUCGCAGCUAAUUGACCGCCCACUGCGGUCGUGUAUCUUAGCUCUAGGCCUGGAUUUUAGAUCAAAAGUUCUUAGCUUUUGCAUUUCUUGUGUUGUUUAAUUUGUUGAUUUAGAGUGUGCACGGAAGAAGAAAGAUGACCAUUUGUCUGUGUGAUCGAGGAAAUCAUUGUAAGUUUGAUUGCGGAAUCAAAUCCUUCGUCUGUAACCUGUGAAAGUUACUUGCGGUGUUUGUCUCCUUAGAUUUUACU